CUCAUCUUUACCCCGCCAGGAACGAUCUUCCCCCAUCACAUCACUAUUGGUAUUUUAUUUACUCCAUCGAUCCUUACGGCAUGUAUAGACGGCAGCUGUAGUUUGAAAGUAUUGUUUAUUUAUGAAUUACAACCUUAUUUUCCGUCCACAAUGCACGUCCUCAAACUCUCACUGUCAUCUUGGGUUUCCAUUCUCUUGUUUGGAACGUGGGGUCACACAACCGAGAUGUUGUCCUCUCCCAAAAACAAAACCUGGUUCUCAUCCUUCACCUCAAACCUUCAAUCCCUUCUCUUCCUCUCCACAAGCUUCGGCAAUGCGACCGUCCAUCCACUAGAAUGUUCUCCUUCAGCUCUCGCCUCACUCCUCCCUCCAACUUCUCACGCAACAAUAACCUACACCGUCCCAGUCCCUAAGAACGGAACAUGGUCCAAACCCUCCCCAGCAUUCCCUCUCCCCAACACCGGACUACCAGAGCUCUGCGCCGUAGCAAUCAAUGUCGUCUCCUCCCCAAGUUCAUCCUACAACUUCGGGCUCUUCCUCCCCACAGAAUGGAACACCCGCUUUCUCGCCUCUGGAAAUGGCGGGUUCGGCGGCGGCAUCAACUGGAACGACAUGGGCACAUCCGCACUCUCAGGAUUCGUCGGAAUGUCCACAGAUACAGGUCACCUCUCAGCAAGCGGCGACGCCUCAUGGGCGUUGAACAACCCCGAGACGCAAACAGACUGGGGAUACCGCGCCAUGCACGGGUCCGUCGUCCUCGGCAAACUCCUCACAGAAGGCUAUUACGGGAGGAAGAUCAGAUAUAGCUACUACUCAGCCUGUUCAACCGGGGGCCGACAAGGGUUGAAAGAGAUUCAGAUGUUUCCUGAGGAUUUUGAUGGUGUUGUUGCUGCUGCUCCGGCAUGGUGGACGUCUCGUUUGCAACCAUGGAGUUUGCAAGUUGGGCUGUGGAAUCUUCCCGUGGACAGCCCAACACAUAUCCCCUCACACCUCUUCCCUAUCAUCGCAAAAGAAGUCUUGCGGCAAUGUGAUUCUCAAGAUGGCCUCACCGAUGGAAUAAUCCAAUCCCCAUAUUCCUGCGAGUUUGACCCCUCCGUCCUGCUCUGUACACCAGGUCGAAAUACAUCAACCUGCCUCACAGCUCCUCAGCUUAAGACUCUCUAUAAAUUCUAUCAUGACUGGACCGAUUCCGACAAUAACCUGCUCUUUCCCUCCUUCCCCCUGGGUAGCGAAUCUCAGUCUCCCUUCCUACUCAACACCGAUUCCGGUAUCCCCAGCUCCUACGGCACAUCCUGGGUAUCCAACAUGGUCCUCAACCUCUCUUCCACCACCUCACAAGUAUACAACUGGUCCUCCCCCUCAAACUGGAACAUCUCCACCGUGCAUCUAGGCGACAAUCUCAACCCUGGUCGCGCCAACGCAGAUGAUUUCGACAUCUCACCAUUCGCUUCUCGAGGCGGGAAAUUGAUCCAUUAUCACGGACUGAGCGAUGGCUUGAUUCCAGCGGGCUCAAGCUUGUAUUUUUACAAUCAGGUCUUGAAUACACUCACCCCCUCAACAACAAAACCCAGCAACCCAAUCUCACAUUUCUACAAACUCUACCUCAUCCCCGGCAUGCUCCACUGUAGUCGCUCCACCGGCGACGCACCAUGGUACAUCAACGGCGGCGGGCAAGCCUUUGCAUUAGGAGAUACCGUGACGGGUGUCCCGGGCUUUGAAACUUCGAAUGGUUGUGAUGCAGCGCGGUACGAUGUUUUGAAAGCGGUGAUGAGGUGGGUGGAGGAGGGGGUGGAGCCGAGGGAGAUGGUGGCGACGAAGUUUGUGGAUGAUGAUGUGCGGAAGGGGGUUAGGAGGCAGAGGAAGGUGUGUCCGUUUCCCGAGAGGGCGGUUUGGGAUGGGGUGGGGGAUGGGGAUGUGGAGGGGAGUUGGAGGUGUGAGGGUCUUUUUUGAAGAUCCUGUUGAUGAGACUGGGGGAAAGAAAAGGGGAUCCCGAGUGGGUGAGUAGGAUUCUGUGGAUCUGGAAGGGGCGAGGGCUGUUGAGUGCCUAUGCUGAAGAAAAAAGAGUGCUGAUUCUUGGAUUCUGGGUUUCUAGAUUCGAGGGAUGUACUGCUGUGAGAAGAUAUUGAGUCGUGGUAUCGCCUGUUCUGGUAUCAAGUCCAAUGGUUACAGCAUCUCGGACAUGUACUCUUCCAUUUGUAGGCAUGUAAAUAAUCAAUAAUCAAAAUAAUCAGUAAUAUUUGAUCCGAUGUAAUCAUCGCCAGAGAAAGUCCCGCUGGUCGCACGGUUCUUUUGAUUUCUCCCCUGUCCAUGUUGGAACCAAUCCGAGUCUAUCUAUUAAAAUUAAAAAUUAAAAAUAUACAUCAUGACCUCUGUGCUAGUGGUUCAACUUUGUCGUUAAUCAAUUUUUGGUUUACAUACUCAUCGCCUGCAUACACAAGAUUCGAGGGAUGUAAGACUAUGCGAAACACGGAGGGAAAGGACGUCUUUGAAAGUGAGGGGGAAUUGGGCAGGGACAGAAUAUCUUCAGUAUCCUUUCUUUUUCGGGACCCAUCAAGCCGAAACGAGCAGAGCUGGAAUUUCAUGUUGCUGUAUAUACCAUCAGUCAAAUUCAGGAAGCUUGUUGUGAGACAUUAUAGCUAGAUUUCAAUUGCCAUUUUUAUUAGGGAAGCUCUCCUUUUGUUGACUCGGUGCAUCCAGACGCGAGUGAGGAGAUAGGCUUAAACUAGAGAACUUUGUUAGGUAACAAGUAAAACAGAUCUGACUGACUGCCAAAGUCUGGAAAAUAAACCUACGAUGUUAUUUCACAGCCUUUGACAGAACAUCCAGGGAUUCCGGUAAUGCAGAAGUCGAAGUACCUACCUACCUUGGUGGGUAGCGAAGAUGCAGUACAAUACGCGAGAUCUUGAAAAACACAUCAAUUCUCCAGCACCAAAAAUACAUCACUUUCCAUUUCAAUACCUCUUCUCAGAACGCUCGCAGGCCACUACCCAUUCCCCCGCAGAAAUCCUUCAAUCACCGCCCCAUGGAUCCUCCAAUUUCCAGCCCAACAGACCUAUUAUUUACACGUGAUGCAUUCGACGAAAACUCUGCUCGCAUAGUGGAUCAAUUUCGAAAAAUUCUCCUCUGCAUAAUAAAUAACCAAAUAAGCAGAAAUCCGACAUGAACCAGCAGAUUUAAUCCCUGUUCUGGGUUUCAGCUUAUGCAUAGCUCCAGUGGCGCAAUGGUAGCGCGCAAGACUUCUAAUCUUGAGGCUCUGGGUUCGAGCCCCAGCUGGAGUGCGAGCGAUUAACCAUAUUUUUUGAGUUUUGUUUAGUUUUUGUAAGCAGAGAGGGGGGAUUGGCAGGAGGUAGAUUGAUAGAAUAAGGUAGGGCUUGGAGAUAGAUAGAGGGGAUGGAUAAUGUACAAUGGGUUCUUUUUUUUGCUUGUUUGAGUUUUCCAUUUCAGGCCCGAUGUGGUGGGGUCGCUUCUGGUUGGUUGAUUCCAGCCUCGUUCUGAGUCAGUCAGAAAAGUGAAGAUGCUACCUUGAAGGGAAAAAGCAGGCUCCGACCCACUGUAGGAGGGGCACUUUCGUAGAAUAAUAAUCAUAUUACUG